CUGGGCGGAGCCGCGGUGGGUCGGACAGCCGGCGGUGAGGCACUUCCGGUGCGUUCGGGUUUCUUCGACGGCGGCGUUUAAAUGGAGCUGCUGGAGCGAAGCUGCUGCACCGAGCACCGAUAAUAAUAAUAAAAAACAAAAACAGCCCGCUCGUGUUUUUUUUCCCUUUUUCCCCACGCUGCGCUGUCUGGAAGCAUCUUUUAUUGUUUGGGCUCGCGGACGGAUCUCGCGGACGGUAACGUGAUGCGCGCGAGCGCCCUGAUUCAGGCUGCUCGGGUUGUUUACUGAUAAACAAAAUAAACCAUAUUGGAGGUAUUUUUUAUUGAUAGUUUGUUUGUUUGUUUUUUUGGCUGGACUUUGACCGAUAAUAAUUUGAAACGGUGUUCAAAAUGGUGAUCAAUCUGUACAACAAUUUAAAUUAAGCAUUUAUUUCUUAAAAUUGGAAGAACAACAAAAUUAAAUACCUGUCCUCAAAAUCUACAUCAUUAUAAAGAAAAACACUUGGUACAGGAGGAUACUGUUAUUUUGAACCCAACAGGUGCAAUAAAAUUAAUAAAAGAACGUGUAAAAAAAAAAAACGUUUUAACAAUAUAAUCAUUUUUAUCCUUCUACUUUAAUGAAAUUUACCAUCUAAGUUUAAUAAUUUACAUUUAAACAGCACUUACUGAGCAACAGAUUGAAAUAAAAUAAGUGGUAUCAAAACACAUGCAUGUAUUUGUCUUGACGUUACCAUGUUUCUACCUUGACCUUCAAGGUUAGUAUCUGUAAACUUUAAUAAGGACAAAAUUAGUUCUUUAAACGGACAAGCUGAUCAACAGACAGCAUUUUAGAAGGUCGACAAGUCCAGAAACAAGUCAUCAGCAACCAUGUUCAGUUGGCUUGGGAAAGACGACCGGCGGAAAAAGGAGCCAGAAGUCUUCCAGACCGUCAGUGAAGGACUGAAGAAGCUCUAUAAAACAAAACUCCUGCCGCUGGAGGAGAGCUACAAAUUCCAUGAGUUCCACUCCCCAGCCCUAGAGGAUGCAGACUUUGACAACAAGCCCAUGGUCUUACUGGUGGGCCAGUACUCCACGGGCAAGACCAGCUUCAUACGCUACCUGCUGGAGCAGGAUUUUCCUGGCAUGCGUAUCGGGCCUGAACCCACCACAGAUUCCUUCAUAGCGGUGAUGCAUGGCGACAUAGAGGGUGUCAUCCCAGGCAACGCUUUGGUGGUUGACCCUAAGAAGCCCUUCAGAAAGCUGAACGCGUUCGGAAACGCAUUCCUCAACAGGUUUGUUUGUGCUCAGCUGCCGAACCCGGUGCUGGAAAGCAUCAGUGUGAUUGACACUCCUGGAAUCCUGUCCGGAGAGAAACAGAGGAUCAGCCGAGGCUAUGACUUUGCGGCAGUGUUAGAGUGGUUUGCAGAGCGAGUGGACCGGAUCAUUUUACUCUUUGAUGCUCACAAGCUGGACAUAUCUGAUGAAUUCUCUGAAGUGAUAAAGGCCCUAAAGAACCACGAAGACAAGAUCAGGGUUGUGCUGAACAAAGCUGACCAAAUAGAAACCCAGCAGCUGAUGAGAGUGUAUGGCGCCCUGAUGUGGUCACUUGGUAAAAUAGUCAAUACUCCUGAGGUGAUCCGUGUGUACAUCGGUUCAUUCUGGUCCCACCCUCUGUUGAUUCCUGACAACAGAAAGCUAUUUGAAGCAGAGGAGCAGGAUUUGUUCAAGGACAUUCAGUCUUUACCGAGGAAUGCGGCUCUUCGCAAGCUCAACGAUCUGAUCAAGAGGGCAAGACUAGCCAAGGUUCAUGCUUAUAUCAUCAGCUCGCUGAAGAAAGAGAUGCCGUCUGUGUUUGGGAAGGAGAACAAGAAAAAAGAACUGAUCGCAAGUCUCGGAGACAUUUACAAACAUAUAGAAAGAGAACAUCAGAUAUCACCUGGAGAUUUCCCUAAUCUGAAGAAGAUGCAGGACCAGCUCCAAGCACAGGAUCUUAACAGAUUCCAGCCUCUGAAGCCCAAACUCCUGGAGGCAGUCGAUGACAUGCUGGCCCAUGACAUUGCGAGCUUAAUGAUCCUGGUCCGACAAGAGGAAACCCAACGUCCAAACCCAGUUGUGAAAGGCGGGGCAUUCGAUGGCACUUUACACGGCCCGUUCGGCCACGGUUACGGCGAAGGAGCCGGCGAAGGCAUUGACGAAGCAGAGUGGGUCGUCGCACGUGACAAACCUGCCUACGACGAGAUUUUCUACACAUUAUCCCCAAUCAAUGGGAAAGUAACCGGAGCCAACGCCAAGAAGGAAAUGGUGAAGUCCAAAUUGCCCAACACAGUGCUUGGAAAAAUCUGGAAGUUGGCAGAUAUUGAUAAGGAUGGCAUGCUUGAUGAUGAGGAAUUUGCUUUGGCAAAUCAUUUGAUAAAAGUAAAACUGGAGGGACAUGAACUGCCAGCAGAGCUGCCGGCACACCUGGUACCUCCAACAAAGAGGAAAAUACCAGAAUAAAUAUAUCGGAACUACCCCAUCCCCAAUCUAAAAAAGGAAUCUUCCAGUAGCAUUGUAAUCAAAACAACAUUUAACCAACCAAGUGCAGGCUUGAUGUCUUCUGUACAUAUGUAUGCAACAAUUCCUUACCCUUGAAAGGAAAAUAUUCAUUUGAGUCCAAUUCUGAUAUAAGUAAUAUAUAAAUACUAUUCUAUGCAUGCUAGCUGCAAAAUACCAUGCAAGGGAAACAUCUGGCUCAUUCAUUAUUUUAAUGCAGUACAUUUUAACAACAAUGUUGCUACAUGCUGGUAUUUAGAGCUCUUAUUUAGGCUACAUUUACUGCCCACGAGAACUAUGUGCAAAUACAGUGGCAGGUCAGAAAUAACAUUUACAAAGAGCUUUGUCUAACACACAAAGUUUGCAGGUUCCUUAUACUGGACAAUCACAACACAGGGUGUCCAAUGCGUGUGACGUGCUGAUUGGACCUUACCAAUUACAAUGGGUUAAGGGUCUUAAUUCAGGCAAAGCUGCAAGAAACUAAUCCAGAUGCCAUUCCAACUCUUCAAUGCACUAUUCAUCAGGAAGCAGUGGAGUAAAUGCAUAAAAUGCUAAAAUGUCUAAGGGCAACAAAUUAACUAUGUUAAGGCUCCACCAGGAAUUCAAGAAAAAUAUGCAGAAGCUGUCAACAGAUUGGUUCAUGAAACAUACACUCUUUUUUGGGGGGAUUCUUAAGGACCAUUUAGGAUUAUUGAUUAUAGCAUUUAUGAUCUAAUCUGUCUGGAGGUAGAUUACAGAAACUACUCCUUUUUAAUUGGCAUAAUAAUAAUUUCAAAUCUGGCUUGAUACCAAAGCACAUAAAAAUUAUUUUUUACAUCCGUAAAACUGGUAGAAUAUAUUUUAUCAAAGGUUUGAAGAUCUUUGGCCAAGAUGUCAACAACACCAUGGUGGAUUACCUUCAUAUUUGGUAUGACAUCUGUACCCAUCCUUGUGAUUUAUGGCUAGAAAUGUUCAAACCUUUUAAAAAUCUGAUGUGCACAUUUACUAUCCAAUUGUUGAGUACCUCUAGUUGGUAGUUUGGUGGACUUGCACCUAAAACAUAGUCAUGCUCAAAAUUACUGGUACCACCUAUAGUGGUAGAGUGGCAAACAGCACUUUCUUAAGACUCUUAAGAUUGAAGCCUGGAUUUGAUCAGUUUUUGGCAUGACCACUCUUCUCUGCCCCACUCCAACAUGAAGCUCUGAAUGGUUCUCCAAUCACAGUCAUAGAAGCCUAUAAUUCAAGAGUCGUCAUGGUUGUCUUCAUUGCCUCCCCCAUGAUUCUCCCUCUUGCACAGUCUCUCAGUUUUUGAGAACCACUGAACUCAGACACAUCAUACAAGAACACACUUCUGCAUUUCUUCAUGAUGGACACAAAUGAAAUCCAAAUAAUAUUCAGUCACUUGGAAAUAUUCACGUAUCUGACUUGUCUAAAAGAAAACUAUGGCUCCAAUACUCCAAAGAAACAUAAAAAAAAAAGCAACAGUCCUUGUGUUUAGAGGUUGUAGACCAUCCUUUGGGUUGUGAUCCCACAGUUUUCCAAGCCAGUGAUUUUCAACCUGGUCCUCAAGUACCACCUGAUGGACAGUUUUUACAUCUCUUCCAGCUAGUGUCAGAACCUUGAAUACAGGUAGCUGUGGGACACAGCAGCCUGUAAUCAAGGUUCUUGAAAUGGAGCAAUAUCUCCACCUGGUGGACAUUUACCUUUAAGACAAGUACAAGAGAAUUUUGCCAAGAGCUCUAGGGUGUGUGUAUGUAUAUGUGUGUGUAUACACGCACAUACACACAACUUAGUUACAUAAAAGUUAGCUUCAAUUGGUAAUUCGACGUACUGAAUUUAUCACAUCAUUUGCUGUAGG